CCUGCAACCAGCGCCAGCCUGACGACCAACGCCUGCGACCGCGUGAGCUCUCACGACCUUAUCAUAACAGCCCCGCAUCCGACUCCCACAGCCUCUCUGCUCCUUGACCGCCUGUGCCCUCGCCGUUCCACGCUUUAUCGUCCCAUUUCCUCCUCAACCUGAAUUGACGCACAACACGGAGAGCUUGACCCGGAAUUGCGGCGCGCGCCAUCAACCAUCGAACCAUGGAUCUCGAUAUUGAAAUGGACGUUGAUGACGUCCAGGACGCACCCGUUCCGGCCAUUCCUCAAGCAUACACUCACGAUAUCAUUACUGGGGAGGAACAGGAACCCGGGGAAGUAGACGAGCAAACCAACGACCAAGACGAUGGCGAGGCCUCGGAUAACUCGUUGGUACCGUAUAAGGUGCACAUCAGAGGCCUGGACACGUUCACUCCCGACGACGUCAAGGGCUAUGUAGCCGAGCACUACAGCACAGGUCAAUUCAGCCGAAUUGAGUGGAUCGACGACUCGUCGGCCAACCUCAUCUUCAAGUCCGAGUCUACAGCACAGGAGGCGCUCGUUGCGUUUGCCGCUUUGGAGAUCGCCGACCCGACGCAGCUGCCACCACUCGAGGAUGUUCCCGCCAAGAGCUUUUCGCAGAAGCCCGAUUGCGUUCUGCGAGUGCGCUUCGCCGUCGCCGCCGACAGAAAGGUUCCCAGAGCCGCCGAGCGCAGUCGAUUUUACCUAUUACACCCAGAGUACGACCCAGAGGAGCGCCGCAGGCGGGGCGAGCUUGGCCGAGGCAAAUACCGGGAUCGCGACGACCGCUACCGGAGAGACAGGCGGAAUGACAGGCGAAGGGGUUCGCACGACGACGAAGAGCGCAACACCUUCGAUGUCAAUCUCUAUGAUGACGAUCCAUCAUCCCUAGCAAAACGAAUCCGCAGGCCCUCGCGCACACGGCAGCGGUCUGCCUCCAGCUCUUCUGACACGAGGCGCUCUCAACGGAACCGGGAAAAGGAACUCUUUCCUGCAAGGCGCUCUGGGGUUGCGCACGGCUUGCGUGACCGGUCGGCUUCACCAGUACGGGACCGUGACGGCGAUGCCGAAAUGGACCUGGAUGAGGACGCACGGGCAGCUGCCGCCAUGCGCAGCCGGGAAAAGGGCCGGUCCAUGAAGGAGCGACUGACGCGGGACAACAGCUCCAAGGAACUUCUCCCGUCUAAAGACAGCAACAAGACGAAAGAGCUGUUUCCAACCAAGGUCAGCUCGUCCACCGGCGGCAAGGCGCAAAUGGACCAGGUCGAUGACACCACCAUCCUGGCAAGCGCAAGUCUCGCAGAUCGAAUUACCACACCCGGCUCAGGUGGCUUUAACAUUCGCGGCAUGGCAAGCAAACGCGCCAACGAUCAGGGCAUCGCCAUCAAGGGCACUGGACCAACGGUUAGGGAGCUGUUUCCCGAGAAGUUUGCUAACAACGCAGGCAAGGAACUGUUCGCAGAGAAACUUGUGGGCAGGGGCAGGAGAAGACAGAGGGCGGAAGACCUGUUCUACUAGUUGUAAAGGGAUAGAUGCUGCAGCGCAGACUUGAAAAUCCCGACCUCGCCUCUUCGAGGAUUUUGGCGGAGAUGCGUACGCUACCGGGCUUACCGACGUCGUUCUCACCAUCUCUUUCCGUCUGGGAAUCCCAGGGAUAGCGCCACGGCUUUCUCACUCGAAGUUGAACCAUUGCUCGGACGGACUGGGAAGGAGGGAGAGGUUGGAUGUGGCAUAGGCGGAACGGAGGGUAUUGGUGGUUUGGGUCUCGCACCAUUCAAGAGCGGCCAGGAAACAAACUCAGGACAUGUGGUUUCACUGGUCCUGCCGAACUGGAGCACUUAUGGCCGCUCUCCCAUAAUGGCGGCGCCCGCAAAGGAGAUAGAAGAUCAAAUCUCAACUAUCAGGAUGUGAUGACGCGUCAACACGG